CAGCACUAUAGGCAUGUGUUGCGUCCUGUCCCCACAAGACGAAAAAAAACGAUCAUGUUUUCAAGCUUACCAAGCCCUAGGGGGAAAAAUGGGGUAUCUCGUUAAAAUCGGCUAGUCCCCUUGAACUGCUGCAUGGAGAACCGUAAACAACAUAGUGCCGCUCAAAGUAUCUCCACAUUUUGGGCCCUGGAGCGCCACUCUUCCUAUCGAGGAAGUGGUCUUUCCGGAUCAAGAGGCAUCGGCGAGGCAAUUGCCCGCAACCUAGCCUCCAAAGGAGCCAACAUCUGCAUCAUCUACCUCUCCGAGAGCUCCGACGAAAAGGCCGCCUCCCUCGCAAAGGAGCUCUCGGCAACACACUCGGUGACCGCCACCUCUGUGCGAGCCGACGUCAGGACAAAGGAGGGUUGCGCGGCCAUAGUCUCGCACUCGCAGGCGUCUCUGCCCAAGAACCCCAAGACCGGCAACUUCCAGGUCGACAUUCUCGUGCACAGCGCCGCGCUCUUCCACGCGGCGCCGCUCGACGACGUGACCAUUGAAGACUUCCACUCGGUCUACUCCUCCAACGUGCUGGGCCCGAUCCUGCUGACGCAGGCCUGCCGGCCCUUCCUCCCCACCAACCGCUCCGGCCGCAUCGUGAACCUGUCCUCGGUCGGGUCCAAGGUCGGCAUGGCGGGGCUGACGCUGUACGGCGGGGCCAAGGGAGCUCUCGAGGCCAUGACGCGCACCUGGGCCCGCGAGCUGGCCGAGAGCUGCACCGUAAACGCCGUCGGCGUCGGGUCCACCAUGACCGACAUGCUGGCCGGGGCACCGCACGAGGCAAAGGUCGCCAUCUCGAGCUUCUACCCCGUCACGCCGCUCUGUCCCGCCCGCGAGGGGGACAGCGAGCUGCAGAGGGAGUUUGCAAAGAGCUAUGGUGGGCGUGCUGCCUACCCUGAGGAGAUUGCCGGGAUAGUGGGCAUGAUCUGUAGUCCCGAGUCGAGGUGGAUGACGGGGUCUUUGGUUGCCGCUAGCGGUGGCAUGUGGAUGAGUUCUUAA